UGGGGACGAUUUUGUAUACGGCCUCCAGAAAAGACGCUCGCUCAUUCGAAAAGGGGCAUUAAGAAAAAUAAGACGUGUGCGGCGUAAUAAAGAGAUACAAAAGUGCAUACCCCUGUUUUACUCUCACAAUCUCAGAAGUGGGCCUUACUCACAAUGUGCGACUUCGAACCAAAUCAAUUCUCGUCAGCGCAACUAAAAAGGUGGCUGGCUGGACUUGGGCUACCAACUCAAGGCUCCAAAGCCGAACUGAUCGCACGCGUAAGCGCAAUUUCACCAAACGCACGAGGCGACCCACCAGAAGGUUCGAUCGACCAAGUGGAACAUCAACAGGCGGCAGGCGAAGCACCAGUUUUAGCGUCGUCGGUCGAGGAAGAGGCAGCACCAUCAACUCGAGGCAUGCAGGAGAAAAAUAUUCCAAGCAUGGGACAGUGGAGCACGGUGGAAGCCGAGUACGUCGCUCUGAUGAAAUUGCGCGCAGACAUUGAAGCAGGAAAAAACAUGCUGCGGCAAAUCCAUGACGAAAUAAACAAGAUCGUUCACGUCGGCCAAUCCAAUGACGUCAUCGACGAAGACAACGACUCAGUUAACAGCGACAACGAUAACAGUGCUACAGUUGACAGCCCCGAAGUUAACAACACCGUUUGCGCUAACAGCACCAAUGUUAAUAGCGGCCCUGACAGCAGUAAUGGAAAAGACGACAAUUCAGACGGUGUUGCAAAACGUCAAGACACAAAUGUAAACAACAUAUGCGAAUCUCCGAUAGCAUCGCUUACGUUAGCAAAGGAAGUGACUAUGGAAUACGACGGGACACAGUGCGCCAAAAACUGGGUCAUACAGGUGAAGAACAUUGCCCAAAUCUACAAACUGGACAACAUUACUAAACGAAUGCUGCUGAUUGCCAAGCUCAAAGGAAACGCUCAGCGCUGGCUCCAUGCAGAUUCCUCGCGCAUCUUGGAAUCAGCUGAUCACCUGUGCGAGCAAUUGAUCGUGGCAUUCGGGGCAAACAUCACCAAAGGAGAACUCAGAGACAGGUUCCAUAAGCGCCAAUGGCUUUAUGGAGAAAAUUUUGCCACAUACUACGAAGAAAAAAUGAUGUUGGCCAGGAACAUCAACAUAGACACAGAAGAAUUGAAAGAGAAGAUAAUCGAGGGAAUUCCGUCCCCGGGCUUGCGAGAUCAGGCUCGCAUUCAGUGCUUCUCCGAUCCGAAGCAGAUUUUGCGUGCUUUUUCGGAGAUUCGCCUUCCGGAGCGUAUGCAGCAUGCCACAUCAUCACAAGGCCUGGCAAAUUCUUCGGCGACCAAGGACCUACGUUGCGCCAACUGCAACUCGCGAGGUCAUUUCGCCAAGGACUGUCUCAAACCAAAAAGGGAGCCUGGAUCCUGCUACGCCUGUGGGGUAUUUGGACAUCUGGUCGGACAAUGCCCGGAGAGGAAGAGCGUAACAUACAAUAAUUAUACUCUGGCAGUCCCAUAUCGUUCAUCAAGAAAACUUCACCGGAAGGUUGGGCAGACGCAAUAUUGCUUCCAGCUGAAGCACACCGGCACUGGCAUUCUGUCGAUGGACAAUGCGGGUGCCCACACCAAUGGAUCCCAGUUCUUCGUUUGCACCGUGAAGACCGCUUGGUUGGACAACAAGCAUGUUGUCUUUGGCGAGGUGGUUGAGGGCUUGGACAUUGUCAAGAAGAUUGAAUCUUUUGGCUCUCAGUCCGGCAAGACCUCCAAGAAGAUCAUGGUGGCUAACUGUGGUUAG